AAAAAAAGAAAAAUUAACAUUUGUCCCCAUCUUGCUGCCUCCUUCUCCUUCCCCAAAACCUGGAGAACCAUGCAGUUUGCCAAUUUCUACCUUCUCUAAUUCCAAUCACCACGAUUUGUUUUCUCCUGCUCACCAUCUCUUCCAAUGAGUUGUAGAGACAGAGGAUCAUCAUCAAUGGAUGAGUAUAACGAAACCGUCAAGAAUCAGAUCCAAGCGCUUGUUCGUGUUAUCAAAGUCGCUCGUGCCUAUACAGAAGACAAUGUCCCUUCCCUUAUCCAAGAGGGUCUUUAUCUUGGAUCAGUGGCUGCAGCUUGCAACAAGAACCUCUUGAAAUCUUACAACGUUACCCAUAUCUUAACCGUGGCUUCCUCCUUGAGACCUGCUCACCCUGAUGACUUCCUCUACAAGGUUGUUCGAGUUGUGGAUAAGGAAGACACCAAUUUGGAAGUGUAUUUCGAUGAGUGUUUCGAUUUCAUUGAUGAAGCCAAGAAGCUAGGCGGUAGCGUUCUUGUCCAUUGCUUCGUUGGCAAGUCACGCAGUGUCACUGUAGUUGUUGCUUACCUCAUGAAGAAACACGGAAUGACUUUAGCCCAAGCAUUGCAACAUGUUCAGAGCAUUAGACCUGUGGCAAGUCCCAACGCCGGUUUCAUCAAGCAAUUACAAGACCUCGAAAAGUCUUUACAAGGAAAGCAAGAACGGAUUGCACAAUCUCAAGUGUGAAGAACCCACCAAGAUCGUACCUUUUAGGAGAAAAUUGUAAAUCUCACACGAACCAUCAUCAUAUGUUUUGUUGUUUCUCCUUGAUAACUUGAUAAAAAAAACAUGGAAACGAUUCUGUAAAUUUUGAUUGUUUCAUGAAUGUCAUAGUCUAUUCGGUGAACUAAAAGUAAAAGAUAAAAAAAACCUGUAAAUAUUUUGAAUUAUAACAA